CAGUGCAGAGGAAGCUCCGCCCUCUAAAACCACUCUGUGUGAGGAACAUGAGGGUCAGAGGAGGAUCCAUCAACAGGGACCAGACUCUGCCGGACCUGGACCUGGACCCAGCUGUGUGUCCAUGAAGAGUGACCAGUCUAUAGGUCGUAUUAUUAGCUUCAAGAAAGGACAAAAACAUGUUGACCUGAUAGUUGAUCAGCAGAGGACAGAGGUUCUCAGUGGUCAGUCUGUCCAGCAGCAUGGAGCAGACCUGGACUCCAUAUUUAAGCUGCUGGAGGAGAACAUCAUCUGCUUUGUGAAGAAUGAGCUGAAGAAGAUCCACAAGGUUCUGGAUACAGAUCACACAGAAGUCUCAGAGAUUCAGAGGGAGGAUGAGGAGCAGAGGAGCAGCAGAGAGGCCUUUCUGAAGAUCACAGAGGACUUCUUAAGGAGGAUGAAGCAGGAGAAGCUAGCUGACAAAAUUAGAGCUCCAGCUUGUCGACGUGAACUCAAAUCAAACCUGAAGAAGAAGUUCCAGUGUUUGUUUGAGGGCGUGGCUAAAGCAGGAAACCCCACCCUUCUGAAUGAGAUCUUCACAGAGCUUUACAUCACAGAGGGAGGGACUGGAGAGGUCAACGAAGAACAUGAGGUCAGACAGAUUGAGAGAGCUUCCUGGAAACCAGACAGACCAGAAACAUCCAUCAGACAAGAAGACAUCUUUAAAGCCUCAGCUGGAAGAGACGGACCAAUCAGAAGAGUGAUGACAAAGGGCGUGGCUGGCAUUGGGAAAACCGUGUUAACACAGAAGUUCACUCUGGACUGGGCUGAAGACAAAAGCAACCAGGACGUACAGUUCAUGUUUCCCUUCACCUUCAGAGAGCUGAAUGUGCUGAAAGAGAAGAAGUUCAGUUUGGUGGAACUCAUCCAUCACUUCUUCACUGAAACCAAAGAAGCAGGAAUCUGCAGGUUUGAAGACUUUAAGGUGGUCUUCAUCUUUGAUGGUCUGGACGAGUGUCGACUUCCUCUGGACUUCCACAACACUGAGAUCCUGACUGACGUCACAGCGUCCACCUCAGUGGACGUGCUGCUGACAAACCUCAUCAGGGGGAAACUGCUUCCCUCUGCUCGCCUCUGGAUAACCACACGACCUGCAGCAGCCAAUCAGAUCCCUCCUGACUGUGUGGACAUGGUGACAGAGGUCAGAGGGUUCACAGACCCACAGAAGGAGGACUACUUCAGGAAGAGGUUCAGAGAUGAGGAGCAGGCCAGGAGGAUCAUCUCCCACAUCCAGACAUCACGAAGCCUCCACAUCAUGUGCCACAUCCCAGUCUUCUGCUGGAUCACUGCAACAGUUCUGGAGAACAUGCUGAAAACCAGAGAUGGAGGAGAACUGCCCAAGACUCUGACUGAGAUGUACAUCCACUUCCUGGUGGUUCAGUCCAAAGUGAAGAGGGUCAAAUAUGAUGGAGGAGCUGAGACAGAUCCACACUGGAGUCCAGAGAACAGGAAGAUGAUUAAGUCUCUGGGGAAACUGGCUUUUGAGCAGCUGCAGAAAGGAAACCUGAUCUUCUAUGAAUCAGACCUGACAGAGUGUGGCAUCGAUAUUACAGCAGCUUCAGUUUACUCAGGAGUCUUCACUCAGAUCUUUAAAGAGGAGAGAGGCCUGUACCAGGACAAGGUCUUCUGCUUUGUCCAUCUGAGUGUUCAGGAGUUUCUGGCUGCUCUUCAUGUUCAUCUGACCUUCAUCACCUCUGGAACAAAUCUGUUGUCAGAACCAACAAUGAGCCAGUGGUCCAGACCGUUUAGAAAAAAACCUAAACUGAAUCAUCUGCACCAGAGUGCUGUGGACGAGGCCUUACUGAGUCCAAAUGGACACCUGGACUUGUUUCUCCGCUUCCUCCUGGGUCUUUCACUGGAGACCAAUCAGAAGCUCUUAAGAGGUCUACUGAAACAAACAGGAAGUGGUUCACAGACCAAUAAGAAAACAGUUGAGUACAUCAAGAAGAAGAUCAGUGAGAAUCUGUCAGCAGAGAGAAGCAUCAACCUGUUCCACUGUCUGAAUGAACUGAACCAUCGUUCUCUUGUGGGGGAGAUCCAAGAGUCCCUCACAUCAGGACGCCUGUCCACAAAGACACUGUCUCCUGCUCAGUGGUCAGCUCUGGUCUUCAUCUUACUGUCAUCAGGAAAAGAUCUGGAAGAGUUUGACCUGAAGAAAUACUCUGCUUCAGAGGAGGCUCUUCUGAAGCUGCUGCCGGUGGUCAAAGCCUCCAACAAAGUUCUACUGAGUGGCUGUAACCUCUCAGAGAGAAGCUGUGAAGCUCUGUCCUCAGUCCUCAGCUCUGUGUCCUCUAGUCUGAGACACAUGGACCUGAGUAACAAUGACCUGCAGGAUCCAGGAGUGAAGUUGCUGUGUGAUGGACUGAAGAGUCCUCACUGUUCUCUGGAGACUCUCAGUCUUUCAGGUUGUCUGGUCUCAGAGGAAGGAUGUUCUUCUCUGACCUCAGCUCUGAACUCAAACCCCUCCCAUCUGAGAGAACUGGACCUGAGUAACAAUGACCUGCAGGAUCCAGGAGUGAAGCUGCUGUGUGAUGGACUGAAGAGUCCUCACUGUUCUCUGGAGACUCUCAGAAUGAGUGGCUGUAAACUCUCAGAGAGAAGCUGUGAAGCUCUGUCCUCAGUCCUCAGCUCUGUGUCCUCUUGUCUGAGACACGUGGACCUGAGUAACAACGACCUGCAGGAUCCAGGAGUGAAGCUGCUGUGUGAUGGACUGAAGAGUCCUCACUGUUCUCUGGAGACUCUCAGUCUGUCAGGUUGUCUGGUCUCAGAGGAAGGAUGUUCUUCUCUGACCUCAGCUCUGAACUCCAACCCCUCCCAUCUGAGAGAACUGGACCUGAGCUACAAUCAUCCAGGAGACUCAGGAGAGAAGCUGCUGUCUGCUGGACUGAAGAGUCCUCACUGGAGACUGGACACUCUCAGGAUGGACCAUGCUGGAGAGCAGAGGUUAAAACCUGGUCUCAGGAAGUAUUCAUGUGAACUGGAACUGGACACAAACACAAUGCACAGAAAACUCAAACUGUCUGACGACAACAGGAAAGUGACCUUUGUGACAGAAUAUCAGUCGUAUCCUGAUCAUCCAGACAGAUUUGAGUUCUUUCAUCAGCUGCUGUGUAGACCUGGUCUGACUGGUCGCUGUUACUGGGAGGUCGAGUGGAGAGGAGAUGUUUAUAUAUCACUGAGUUACAGAGGAAUCAAGAGGAAAGGCAACAGUUCUGACAUGUUUGGACAUAAUGAUCAGUCCUGGAGUCUGUUCUGCUCUGAUGAUCGUGGUUACUCUGUCUUUCACUGUGGGACACAAACACCCAUCAUGUCCUCUGUCUCUCACAGAGUAUCAGUGUAUGUGGACUGUCCUGCUGGGACUCUGUCCUUCUACAGCGUCUCCUCUGACUCACUGAUCCACCUCCACACCUUCAGGACCACAUUCACUGAACCGGUUUAUCCUGGGUUCUGGGUCUGUCGUGGUUCCUCAGUGUCUCUGUGUCCUCUGUAGGACAUGAAGAGACAGCAGCUUCAGUGGUGGACGAGGUCAAAGCUCGUCUCAGUCAUUCUUUGUUGAAACCAUCAAUAAAUAAAGACUUAAAAAAUCAA